CUGCUUGUAUAGACACACAGGGACACACAAAUAGCUCGACCGCCAUGGAGGCAGCUUCUUAUUAGUGUUUCAUCGUCCGACGUUAUUCAACGUAACCUCAUUUCGUAAAUACGAGUUUAUUAAACCUCAUCCACUUCAACACCUCUUGUUGAUUUUCAAACUCUUAAUAUUUACCAGAUAAAUACAGAUUUAGAAGGUGUGUUGGUGUGUAACCAAGGGAGUACUCUCGAAAUCGUAGUAGUGAAAGUGGUUUUCCCUUUUCAGCUGACAUCGCAAUAGAUCGACCAUGUCCAGCCUAGGACCUCAGUCGCCGAUCGACAUGAAACCCGAUACAGCUACAUUGAUGGCUGGCUUCAGCCCUGGUUCUGUAGGAGGAGGAAACAGCCCCACCAGUCCAAGGUCUGGAUUGGGUUUCAGUUUGCCACAGCCGUCCUUCACCAUUGGUCACUCGGGUUACUUGAACAAUUCCAAUGGCUCCAAGUCCGGACACUAUCCGCCAAAUCAUCCGCUCAGCAACUCCAAACACCUGUGCAGCAUCUGUGGGGACAGAGCCAGUGGGAAACACUACGGCGUGUACAGCUGCGAAGGCUGCAAGGGAUUUUUCAAGAGAACAGUCAGGAAAGACUUGACUUAUGCAUGCCGUGAAGAUCGCCAGUGCUUAAUUGACAAGCGUCAGAGAAAUCGGUGCCAGUAUUGCCGCUAUCAGAAAUGCCUUCAGAUGGGCAUGAAGCGAGAAGCCGUUCAAGAGGAGAGGCAACGCAACAAGGAAAAGGGAGAAAUGGAUAUGGAUGCCACCAGUGAUUUUACAGGUGGACAAGGUGACAUGCCAAUCGAUCGAGUUUUGGAAGCUGAAAAACGUGUCGAGUGCAAGGACGAGCCCCAGGUGAAUUCAGCCACUGCCGCUCUAGGCAAUAUAUGCGCUGCUACAGAUAAGCAACUUUUCCAACUGGUUGAGUGGGCUAAACACAUCCCACAUUUCACGGAAUUGCCCCUUGAUGACCAAGUCGUUUUGCUCAGAGCUGGCUGGAAUGAACUGCUGAUUGCUGCAUUUUCUCAUCGUUCGGUCGGUGUCAAGGACGGGAUCGUCCUUGCUACUGGACUUGUUAUUCACAGGAACUCGGCUCACCAGGCUGGCGUCGGAUCGAUCUUUGAUCGUGUGCUUACCGAACUCGUCUCCAAAAUGAGAGAAAUGAAACUCGAUCUAGCCGAAUUGGGUUGUCUGAGAGCCAUCAUCUUGUUCAACCCAGAUCCUAAAGGCUUAAAAUCUGUUUCGCAAGUGGAAGCUCUGCGUGAAAAAGUGUACGCCACGCUUGAGGAAUACACGCGAACAAAUUACGCCGACGAACCGGGACGCUUCGCUAAACUUCUCCUACGCCUUCCUGCUCUACGCUCCAUCGGCCUCAAAUGCCUCGAGCAUCUCUUCUUUUUCAAACUCAUCGGAGACACACCCAUUGAAUCCUUCCUGCUCGAAAUGCUGGAAGCGCCUGCAGAGACUUAAUAGAAACGAUCGAGUUUUUCUAUACAUUUCUCUUUGCAGCUGAUGGAACCACAUCUAUUCGUGCAUUGUAUAGUGUUUCUUGGCGAUUUGGUGAGACAAACGAAGUUACUUGCCCUUUCUUGCUUAUCAACGUACUUUUAAAA